UGAAGCGCAACAUCCGCUUGUGCAGCAGCCAUUUUGUCUGUUCAUGCAAGCUAGUCCCAUUCGGCUAGAAUUUGCAGUUCCCCUUUGACAAAUUAUCUUCAGAUCUCGAAUAGUUAGAACAGUUAGAAAUAUUCUAUGGAAGCUGACAGGAAACUGACAGGGAAGAUGUUAUAAACAACGCCUUUUGGUUGUCUCAAAUUUCUGUGUCUCCACAGGCCAAAUAUCGGGCAUGUCGUGUGAGGAGAGUUACCUCGCCAUCCAGCGCUAUCUCACAGAUGAACGGGAGCCGUACGCCCCGGGAACAGAGGGUAAUGCCAAACGUAAAAUUCGCAAGGCAGCCGCUUGCUAUGUGGUACGCAAUGGAACGCUGUAUUACCAGCGGCGACAGAAGGGCAGAGAGAAGUUCGCCGAAUUGGAGGUUGUGCUGCAGGCCGAGAGGCGCCGGGAACUGAUCGAGGCCGCACACAUCAUGGCCGGUGGCGAGCACCUGAAUCAGCACCAGACCUGGCACCUCAUUUCACAGAAGUACUGGUGGAGAGGUAUUUUAAAGCAAGUAAAAGACUAUAUUAAGCAGUGUAGCUGCUGCCAAGAAAAACAGGACAGAUCUUUGCUCUGGAUUGACCCAGUCCAUGCAGAUGAGACUGGAUCAGAAAGUAGGGCAACCCGUGAAAGUGAAGAGGAGGAAGAAGAAACAGAAAACACUGAUUCACAGGGCACCCCAGCUAAAGGACCCAAGUUUUCUAGGACAGGAAAACCCAUCACCAAACAUGAGCUUGUGUUUGUGGAUAGCAAAGGUGUCGUCAAACAACAUUCCUCCACACAUGGAGAGGCAAUGCUGGAGAAGCUUAACAUGCAGAGGCUCAAUAAUCAGUUCUGUGACAUCACAUUGCUUAUUGAGGGAGAAGAGUACAGAGCCCACAAAUCUGUGCUAGCUGCUUGCAGUGCUUACUUCUAUGAGCUGUUUAUAGAGAAGGGGGCAGUUUCCAGCCAUGAGGCUGUGGUAGAUCUCUCAGGCUUUAGUAAAUCUAGCUUCCUUCCACUUUUGGAAUUUGCCUAUACCUCCAGUUUGUCUUUCAAUUUUUGCAGUAUGGCUGAAAUAGCUACUUUAGCUCGGCAUCUGGUAAUGCUAGAGGUACUGGAAAUAUGUGAGUAUGUACAUAAACAAGUAGAGGAGAAGAAGCUCACAGUGUACAAAAAGAAAGAUGUUCAUACUGUUGUGGCUUCUGAAAUGCUGUCAGAUGAGCAGAACAUGCAACCUGGCACAGGAGAAACCACCAUGGAGCUUCAACAAGAAAUGGUUCAGCAGCAAGAGGAAAGGUCUAUAGAAGUAGCUGUGAGCAGUGAAGAGACGUCUUUACUUGGAGCCGCUUUAAACCCCCCAGACAAUCUUGUUGUAAAUGGUGAGGCUUCAGUACCCUUUGUGCAUGAGAGUUUGAUUCAGGCUGCAGUACUUUCAACUUCUGAAACUGAAAACAAUGAGGCUACAGUGCAACUUAUAGGAAUCCAAGUUGAUAAUUCAGUAGAAAAAAGCCAGGAACCAGAUGCUGUGGUGAUCAGCAUUGAGACAGAUGGAAGUAACCCUAAGAAUGUUGUGCAUUUGGAAGCAACAGCACCCCCAGCUAUAGUCAAUGAAGAAGUUACAGAAGCAGAGAUUCAGCAGCCUACUUUGAUACCUAAGCGUCGACGUGGUCGACCUGCGAAAGUAAAACAAGAGGUUGUCAUUGUGAAAGAUGAGCAUUAUGAAGAAAAUCCUCCAGCUGUAGAGAUACUUGAAGAUGAUUUUGCCAGUGCAGCCACAGAAAAUUCUGCUGAUGAUACAUAUAAGAGCAAGCUAAGGCAACGCUCCCUGGAGGAGGGUGGCUAUAUCCGGCUCCACAUGGGCAUGGAGAAGAAGCUCCAGAACAAGAAAAUUAAUCCUCGCUCUGCUAUUCAGAAGGUGGCCCAGCGACUUGUGAAAAGGGGUCGUUUGAUGCCACCUCCCAAAAAACAAGCUGGUGAUGCACAAGAAUCCUCUGAAUGUGAACAUGUCUGUUCAGAGUGUGGCAUGGUUUUCCAGCGCCGCUAUGCCCUUAUUAUGCACACACUGAAGCAUGAAAAGUCUAGAGGUUAUAAAUGCACACUAUGUAACAAAGACUUCCAGUAUGCAGCCUCAUUGCGUGCACACUUGGCAAGGCACAAACGAAAAAGUAUAUCUGCUAUAUCCAGCAGCAAGAGUCACUCUGCUGAGGAUGUAGAGGGAACAACAACCACUGAUGGAAAAUCUAAGGGAAGAACUAAGAGGGAGUUUGUUUGUGAUAUUUGUGGGAAGACUCUUCCUAAGUUGUAUUCUCUUCGAUUACAUAUGUUGAAUCAUACAGGAGUCCGACCUCAUACCUGUAAGGUGUGUGGCAAGUCAUUUGCACAUAAACAUAGCCUGAAGAUGCACAAGACCCUCCAUGACUCUUUGAAGCAGUUUCAGUGCACUUUGUGUGAAAAGUCGUUUGCUACUAAACGUAGCCUUCAGGAGCACAUGAGUAUCCACACAGGUGAAUCAAAGUAUCUCUGUGCCGCAUGUGGAAAGUCAUUUCAUCGAGCUUCGGGACUAAGUAAGCACUUAAAAAGACACCAGCCAAAACCUGAAGUACGUGGUUUCCCCUGCAGUGAAUGUGACAAAAGUUUCUAUGAAGCAAGGGAUCUCCAGCAGCAUAUGAACAAGCACUUGGGCCUGAAACCAUUUCAGUGUCAGAUAUGUGGCAAAUGCUACAGCUGGAAAAAAGACUGGUACUCACAUGUAAAGUCACAUUCAGUCACCGAGCCUUACAAAUGCAAAGUAUGUGGAAAAGAGUUUUUUGAGAAGGCCCUCUUCAGGAGACAUGUAAAAAAGGCCACACAUGGAAAGAAAGGACGAGUAAAACAGAACUUGGAGCGUGAAUGUGAGCAUUGCGGCAGAAAGUUUAUGCAGCUCCGUGAAUACAGGAGGCAUAUGAAUAAUCAUGAAGGAGUGAAGCCAUUUGAGUGCCUAACCUGUGGUGUUGCCUGGGCUGAUGCUCGUUCCCUAAAACGCCAUGUCCGCACCCAUACAGGCGAGAGACCGUAUGUGUGUCCUGUGUGUCAAGAUGCCUACAUAGAUGCUCGCACACUACGCAAGCACAUGACAAAGUUCCAUAAUGACUACAUCCCAGGAAAGAUCAUGUUGGAGAAAGACACUUUGCAGUUUCAUAAUCAGGGGACACAGGUGGAACAUGCCAUUAGCAUCAUUGCUUCAAACUUACCCAGCGAUCAGGGAGAACCUAAUGAAGAAAUGAUCAGUGAAGAGAUAGAGACUGUCUUGGUUACUGAAGAGACUAUCGAGGCUGUAGAGGCUGUGGCGGCCACAGAGGAGUGUGGAACUGUCUCCACCUUGUCUGAUCAGAGCAUCAUGCAGGUGGUCAACUAUGUUUUGUCACAGCAGCAGUCUGCCAAGUUGGCAGAGAUUACCCCAGAAGCCAUCGAGACGGUGGAGGUUGAGGUGGCCCAUGUAACUGAAGCAGAAUAAAGGUUUGCCAUCCACACCAUCCCCCAGAAUAUGGAGAGUAUCUUCUGUUUUCUUAUUUUUCUGGCAAUUGGCAUCAACAAUGUGUGCUUUCCUUUUUUUUUUUUUUUUUUUUUUCCCUUCUCCCUUCUUGCCUUAUGGUUAAGAAAAUGGAAUUAUUUUGAGAAAGCAACAAAAGCAGCUAGUUAAAAUAGAUGUGUUUUUGUUCUCUCGUCAAUCUGCUUUAUAAACUACAGUUGAGUGCUAAAUGUGCUGCUGUGUUAUCAUAAGGAAGCACAUCAACCCUGCCCGUUUCUUAAUUUUGUAAACCUGGCUGUACGUCUGCAUAUGGCUGUGUCAGCAAUAUUGUACAUCAAAUCUUUGCAUUCAUAUUGUGAAAUAAAUGUAUAUGUAUAUAAGAGAA